UUUAUCCUCCUGUGUUGCAAUCUGAAUCAGUCAGACAGUCAGUCAGACAGUCAGACAGACAGGUAAACCAGGUGUCCUUCUCCUGAUGAUGGACGACUACACCCUCCCCUUCUGGAUCUACUUGGGCGUCCUCACCGUGUUCGUGGGCGGGGUCAUGAAGAGGAUUCUGGCAUCCCACCUGGGCGCCGCCCCCCUGGUGGCGUGGUUGGGCGCCACCGUGCUGGUGGAGCGUCUGUGGGCGUUCUGUCUACCGGCGGUGCUGCUGCUGCUGCUGUUGGGCCUCGCAUGCUGCCUGUACGCCGCUGCCAGGACAGGACCGCCGCCCGCCGCCCUGCCCGCCCACGGGAAGGCCGUCCUCAUCACAGGAUGUGACUCUGGUUUCGGGAAUGCCACGGUGAAGCGUCUGGACGCUCUGGGCUUCGAGGUGUUCGCCACGGUGUUGGACAUGUCAGGAGGUGGAGCCAGGGAGCUGCAGAGGAGCUGCUCCGCCCGCCUCACCCUCCUCCAGGUGGACAUCACCCAGCCUCAGCAGGUCCAGCAGGCGCUGAUGGACACCAAGACCAAACUGGGCCCCAGAGGUCUGUGGGGUUUGGUGAACAACGCCGGAGUGUGUGUGAACUUCGGAGACGUCGAGCUGUCGCUGAUGUCUAACUUCCACGGCUGCAUGGACGUCAACUUCUUCGGCACGCUGAGCGUCACAAAGAGCUUCCUGCCACUGCUGCGACAGGCCAAAGGACGCAUCAUCACCAUCUCCAGCCCCGCCGGUGAUCAGCCGUUUCCCUGCCUGGCAGCGUACGGAGCGUCUAAAGCAGCUCUCAACCUUCUGAUCAACACUCUGAGACACGAGCUGGAGCCCUGGGGGGUCCAAGUGUCCACCAUCCUGCCCUCCUCCUUCAAGACAGGUCAGUCCAGUAACCAGGCCUACUGGGAGCUGCAGUACAAACAGCUGCUGCAGAGUCUGUCUCCGGAGCUGCUGGAGGACUACGGCGAGGACUACGUGACGGAGACCAAGGAGCUGUUCCAGAGCUACGCCGGCCAGGCCAACUCCGACCUCAGCCCCGUCACCGACACCAUCGUCCAGGCGCUGCUGUCGCCGAAGCCUCAGGUGCGUUACUUUGCGGGUCCCGGCGUCGGCCUCAUGUACUUCAUCCACAGCUACUGCCCCUUCAGCAUCAGCAACCGCUUCCUCCAGAACCUGUUCCUGAAGAAGAAGCUGAUGCCGCGCGCCCUGAGGAUGCAGUCAGACUUCGACCUGAACCUGAGCCUCCACAACAACAACAACAACAACAACAACGACGACAACAACGAGGAGGAGAAGCUCAAGUAGCUGAGAGACAGUGGGAGGAGCCUUCUGUCACAUAGAGCUGUCCUUUUCUUUGUGCUGUUUCUAAACUGUUGAAGGGAUCAUAGUGAUGCACCAAAAUGGUUUCUCUUUGUUUCUGUAUUGUGUGGGGCCCCCUGUGGACACACCUGGAGGUCAAGGGGGCGGGGCCUGGUAGAGGUAAACAGUGCUGCCACACCUCUGGUCAGAGAACUCUUCACCUCCGUCAGCUGUUCUGACGCCACGCUGACUUCAUGUGCCUUCAUCACACAGAGAAAAGAAAGAUGGCGGAUCAGCAGAACCAAUCAAACGCUACAAAACUAGAUGCUGUGAAGGUCGAUCAGUCAUUGUAAACACUUGUGUCUUUUCUACAACAAAAAGGAUCAGAAGAAGAAAAACCUGAUGUCAACGUUCAGCAUCAGAGCUGAAAACAACGUGAGGAGAAACGAUGUUUUUCUUUAAGCAACAAGACACGAGAUGUUCAGGACCAACGACUUCAGAUCAAUACAAAUAUGGAGUUAAAUUGAUUAAGAACAUGGAUUCAAUCAGGAAUAAAUCAGGAUUUAGUCAAGAUUCAACAGUAUACGAUCAGGAUUAAAUCAAUUUUAAUCAGAAUUUAAUUAGGUUUCAAUCAAGAUAUGAUCAGGUUUUAAUCAGGAUUAGAUCACAAUUAAAUCAGGAUUCAGUCUGGAUUCUCUCAGAAUUCAAUCCGGAUUAGAUGAGGAUUAAAUCAGGAAUCAAAUCAGGAAUUAAUCAGGAUUAGAUCAGGAUUUCCUGCCCAUUUAACAGAUUGAAGAACUCAAUCAAAAGCAGUGAUAGAUAAAUUGAUUGAUUCAUUGUUAAUAAAGACUCCAUCUAUUCCUUAACACAUGAACUCUGAGUCUUGUUGAGAUAUCUGGACUUUCUAAACUGAGAACUAGCUCCGCCCGUGUGGGACGUCAGGACCCUUGAAAUGAGCGCACUCAGUACAACGAGCUGCUGAAGUGACGCAAUCAGAUUUAAUAUUUCUGACCUCUGAACACAUUUAAAUAACAACAUAUUUAAAGAACAUAUUGCAUAUAUGUACACUCUGAGUCUGUUUGGUUUCUGCUUCAGAGCGACAGGAACAACAAUCCUUUCAAAACAAAAGUACAUUUCUAAUCCGUAUUUUCUUGAAUGUUUUAUUGUCACGACCAAAAUAUAUCAAGUUUAUUGUUUGAUUUUCAGAAGAUCACAAUGACUUUCAGACUUCUGACCUUCAAAAUAAAAGCACAAACGUGUAAAAUAGUUCCAAACACUAAAUAAACAAUAAACAUGAGACUCUGUUGAUGAAUCUGGAUUCAAGUGAAGCAGAUAAUCCAGUUGUAUUUUGGUUUGGUGAAACAUAUUUCUAAUAGUCUCCAUGUUUCUGUUAUUAAAUAAUGUCCACAGUCUAAUCGUUUAUAAACAGCGAGUUCAUCUUCAUAUUCAGCAUCGUCGAAUGUUACGUCAUCUUGUUUAUUUAUGAUUCAAUAUUUGAACAUAAUUGAAUCAUGUUAUUUUCCCAGCUGUGAUGAAUCCAACAACUUGGUGAAGUUAAGAGUCAUAAACACACAACAACGUUAGAAAUAUCUUUGAAUAUAUUUGCACUUGUAUGCACACGUUCAGUGAGUGUGUUGUGUUUGUGAUUCACUUCCUCCAACAUUAUUAUUAUCGAUUGUUAUUCUGCCCACGUUUACUUUGGAAUCAAGCUUUUUAUGGCGUCUUUUCUUUUAUCA